GAGGAAUUAAAAGAACUUACUCGCUAUUAGAAAUCAUAACGUGGGGAUAAAAUUUAAAAACAUAACCUUGGUACCAAACAAGUCUAAGAUUAACCGCAAUUCAGUAAACAAUAAAUAUAUAAAAAUAAAUAUGUCAAAUAUAUUAGAAGUCGACGAGUCGAUAAUAAAUAAAAAUUUGUUGCUGCCAGAAAAUAUAAAACAAGAUGAAGACUUGAACAGUUUGUUAAAAAGUUUUGAGUCUCCAGUAGCCUCAGUGACAUUCAAACCAUUUCCUGGACUUUGCAUAAAAGCAAAAACUGACAGCAAUGACAAAGUAUUUAUAAAUUUAUGUCAUACUUCAGAAAUACCACCGCCUGUUGAUAUAACAGACCAAGAAUUCCAUGCUCUGCUUGAUGAAGAUCCGCCAUCCUGGUCCAUACCCAUGAGCGUCGGCUACGAGAGGUUUGAAUCCGCAAAAGACGGGAUCAAGUGUCCGACUUAUGACAUCGCCAUCAACACAAAUUAUUUCAACAAAUGUCAGAAGGAAAAACAUUUUCUGACAUUUACUAUCUGGACAAUUCUGUCUGCCAUCGAAGCCAAGUACAACAAGACCCUCAAUGCUGAGAACUACGUCGUGCUGAAGAACCGGAAGGUCACUGGAACUCUGCACGAGCAUCGGGUAGAGAAGCGCGAGGCCAAGAAACCUGGACAGUUGAUUGCCGAGAAGAAGAAGCCGCUGAUUGAGGAAAUAUGUGACAAGAAGACUGGAGAUAACAGGAGCAAGAAUGAAGAGGAAUCUUUUGUGCUGCUGAGAGAACCCAAGGAUGGGCAGAUGUUGAAGAGCAUCGGGUAUUUCAAGCUGCCUAAUAAGCUGGUUGAUGACAAAGACAUCAAAGUUGAGGUCAAUCAGGAGAGAGUUGUCGUGGGCGUUGAUAAAUUUCAUUAUUUGGUUGAUGUCUUUGUACCUUUUAGUAUUAAAACUGAUAAAGUUGUUGCUAAUUAUGACCCUAACUUACAGGUUUUGAGAUUGGAUAUGCCGGUUCAAUUGGAAUAAAAGUUUGAGGACUAAAAAAAAUAUUUUUUAAGUAAAAAGAGAUAAACAUAAAUUUAUUAAAAUACAAAAAAUAUAAUAAUUUAAAU